GUUGAGUUUUAAGCUUCGAUGCGUUCGGUUCGCUUUUCCCGAUUCCGCGUGAUUCUGAGACCCGGUUUGGUGCAAUUUAAACUCGCAACGUCUGCGCACUUAACGACUCCAAAAAUACGACAUUCGGAGUGCUAAUUGUUCGUGUUUUUUGGCUGAAAACAUAAGUGUGGGAAUUUAAAAACCUCCUCUGAUUCAUUUUUGGAUUUACUCAUUUGGAUUUGAUCUACAAGCACUGAUUACUGCCGAACUAAAGAUCCACGAACAACUCCAUCACGUGCCGAAGCCACAAGUUGUUGAUAAGUCAGUGGGCAAACAACAAAUACGACCCGAAGACCCAAGAAACCCGUCGAGAGACCGAAACAGAAACAGAAAUAGAAACAAACAAACCCAAGACUCAAAACUCUUGGCUGGCAUUUCAUUUGCCUGGAUCGCGUUACGUGGUGCGGUUGGUGUUUCGUAUACUCGUCUGCCCGCCAAAAAGAAAGUCACGACAGAAACGAGAUUUCCAAGAUUCUGCAACGAAAGUCAAAGUUACAAGUUUACUCCAAAUUCGAGUCUUUCGGCCCGGUUCAACGUAUUGCCACUUUCGGGUCUCCGUCUCCAGUCUACAGUCUUCAGUCUUCAGUCUUUUUUCGGUGCCUCAGUCUCCCCGUGUGUGCCACUUUAGAAAGUGAAAAUCGAGUGCAGUCCGCAACUUUGUCUCAAUCUGAAUCGAAAUCCAUCGGCGGCCUUUGGGCGCUGCAGUUGAAAGUGAAUUUCUUGGGCUGCAAGUGAUUUUCGGGUUUCGGUUUUCCAUUUUCUGGCGCUCAAUUCAUCAUUAUCGAUCAGUAGCCCGGGGCUUUUGGCUACUUGAGUCCACUUCACAUCCAUCGACAGGAGGGCCCGGCGAAUAAGUGCAGCAACCAUGGAGGCCGAGGAAGUUACCAAACUCGUCGACGGCGUGUACAGGAACAUACUGGACAGAUUCAAUCCGGGUGCCAGGCAACUGAUCGCGGCGGGCAAAAGUUACCUCAAGGCGUUGCACGGUGCCGCAACCGCCUCGCGUCUAUUCAAUGAAGCAUUGGCCAAGAUUGCGAUGAACGCCCAGCAAAGCGGAACGGGCGAUAUUGGUUCGGCUUUGAUGAGCGUUGUGAAUGUCAACAAGGAGAUACAGGAGCAGCAGAUGAAUAUUCUGAAAGCCUUCUACGUGGAUCUACUGGUGCCAUUGGAGACAAAUCUGGAGAAGGACACGAAGGUGGUGCAGCAUGAGCAGAAGAAGUUCCUGCAGCAGCACAAGGUGCGAAUGGAGAGCUACCAGAAGGCGGUCUCCACGAUGAAGAAGCAGCGCAAGAAAAAGGCCACGCCCGAGAAUACCGAAAAGGAGCUAAGGAGCCUUCAAUUGCUCGAGGAUCAGAAGAAGAAGCUGGAUGUGUUCUGCGAUCAGAGCUACAAGAAUGCCAUGACACAGGAGCGCCGACGAUAUGGAUUCGUCUUGGAGCGCCAGUGCUCGAUCGCCAAGCACUGGAUGGCCUACCACACCACCGGCAAGACGGUAAUUGAUAAUAAUUUCGAAAAUUGGCAAGAGAUUGCCGCUUCUCGUGAGAUCAUUCCCCCGGCCGCCUACGAAAGUGGAUACAGCAGCAGCAACGGCCACAACAACAACAGCGGCAACAUGCGACGCCUGGAGCGGAUUAAGGACGGCGAGGAUGAUCACCUCCAGAGUCACGGGGCGCAGCUGAAGAAGUCGCGUAGCAUCGACGCUCCCUAUGGUGAUAUGCGUACCCUUCACGAGCGGGAGAAUAUUUCCGGAAUGGGCGUUACUGGGGCCUCGCACUAUGCCCAAAACUCUCUGCCACGUGCCAAAUCCGACUUCAAUCUGGCCUUAGUUGGCACUGGCCAAAGUUCAGGCAACAAACAUAAGAUCAUCGAGGAGCAGCUGGCCACUUUGGGUGACGAUCAGCGCGGCGACCAGCGUCCCCUGGUGAAGGCCCUUUAUGCCUACAUGCCCUCCGGGGAGAACCAGUUGUCCUUCGAGGAGGGCGACCGCAUCGCUCUGGUGGGCGGCAAAGCCAAGGGCUGGCAAUUCGGCGAGAAUCUGCGAACGCAGCACUUUGGCUGGUUUCCGGUGGCCUACACUAAUGCGGAAGUCGCAGAGGCGACCACUUCCGGUGGCCGGCGAUACGAGAACAUGCUGAUGGGCUACGAGCGGAAUGGAGGCGGCUCGGGUUCCGGAUCCGGGGGAGGUGGUCUGCGAAGCUAUCAGCAGCAGCAGCAGCAGGAUUACGAGGCUCAGCUGGAGCUGAUGGAGAACCAUGAGGCAACAUACAGGCGGCGAAGGAACCACAGUGCCGAGGAGUCAUCGCCCACAAGGAUGUUCGGCGACACCAUCAAGCAGCAGAAGAAGUACCGUCCCGGCUCGGGAGCCAAUCCGCGUCCGGGUCCACCACCCACACUACCGGCUCCGGUGCCAAAUGGACAGCAAAGUCAAUCCUCCAGGAUGCUGAACAGCUCGCAAAGCUUCUGCGCCUCCAACGGAGGAGUCACGGCGGCGGUGGAAAGACGCAAGCAAAAGCUGCUCAAUGGAGUCCAGAGCUCCAAGAGCCAUCCUUCGGGAAAAUCAGGAGUGGCGGCCAAGACCUCGCUGCACAGCAGCAAUGACAGUGGAUUCGCCAACGAGCCACCACCACAGCCGGAAGUAGACUAUUCUGAUGAGGAACCAGCAACACAACGAGUGCCCAUUCGACGCCGGGCGGACACCAACUCGCAUACCAACACGGUGCCCCGGGAUGUGGCCUCGUGGACGUUAAACCGGAACUUCCGGAACAGCGUUGACAGCCAGAUCGACGACAAGAGCCUCCAUAGGCUGAGCCGGCAGAGCGGCGGAGUUGGCAAGAUGCGGUACGACCUUAUAGCCUCCGAUGACGAGAUCCUGCAGGCCUCCAGUGCUGGGCUGAAGCGCACUAAGUCCUUCUGGAAAUUCGGCGGCGGACGCAGCGGCGAGGACAUCCUGGCCGGCAUGUCCCUGUGGCAACACCGCGACCUGGUGGCAGCUCCAAAUCUGGAGGAGAUGCGCGACCGGGAUGAUUUGGAGAGGCGUUCGGACGAGGAUCGCAACGGCACACUGACCAAGUCGCACAACUCCAGUUCCUCGCAGGAGAAGCGCGAUCGCAAGGACAGCCUAACUAGCACAGAACCAUAUGGGGAUGAGGAUGAGAAUAUCUACGGGGUGAGUCCACAGCAACCACCAGCACAGCAGCAACAACAGCAGCAGCAGCAACAACAGCAGCAGCAACACAGGAGCAGUUAUACUCCCAAAUCCCGGAUGAAGAUCAUGAAGACCAUUGAGAUUGACAUUGAGGAGCCCACGGAGUCGGAGCGAAUGAGCACCAUGCGACGUGGUCAGUCGCAGGAUCACCAGCAGCAGCAGCACCGGAAGUUGGACAAGCAGGCGUCCGGCUCGGGAUCCCAGCACAAAUCCCAGACCUUGAGUCGCACCAAGACCGCCCAGCAGCAGCAGUUUCCCCAGUCCACGGACGAGGGUGAAAGCGAUGAGCAUGGCACGCUGAAGCUCAGCGAUGUGAACAACUUCUUUGAUGUGGAGGGCAAGAACAACAGCCACGGGCAUGGAUUGGUUAUGAAGACGGUGAAGCGCCAGGACAUACUCAAGCAGUACUACACCAGCGAGGACGAGGAGGAGUCCGAUGCGGAGCUCAAGUCGACCAGUUCCGAUCCCUACGACUGCAUCGUGAUCAAUGACCAUCUGGUGCGCAAGGACGACAAACUGCGCCGGCAUCAUCAGCAGCAGCAGCAGCAUCAGCAAAUGGAGUUCCACACCUUCCGAUCCUCCACAUCCACGACGGCAACCAAUACGCUGAAGAAGGGCUCCUCGAAGGAGCAGGACAGCACUCUGACCCGCAAUUCGACGGCCAGUUCCAACGGAGCUCCGACGGCCACCAUCCUGCCGCGGACACGCCUCCUCAAGUCCUCCGCCUCCGCCAGCAAUAAUGUCAGCAGUGCCACCCUGGAGCGGAACUCCAAGAGUAUGGCCGGAAACAAGAGCUACGGGCCAUGGUACGACUUCUGGGAUCAGGAACAGCACGGUCAGAAGUCGGCGAGUGCGAAGCUAAAGUAGGGGAAAGGGUUAAGGAUAGGCGAGAGUACGGAAUAUAACAAGAGUUUCGCCGUCUUCUUACCGGUUAAGAAAAUGAGCAGAGAGAGAGCGGAAGGAAAGUGCAGCUGGAGAACGGAGGUGUUCGAAGUGAUCCCCGUCCCAUCCCAACCCUUUUCCAGUUUGCCCAGCCCUCCUUCCCUUGAAUUAAGCAAUAUUUACCCUGUAUAAUUAUAUAGUUUUAGUCUAAGACAAGUUCUGUUUUGUUUGUUUUAUGUACAUACCUUAUUUUAAUCGUAUAAGCUAUUUACAUUUUGUGUUUGCCCACGAUGCGCAAGACCAUUUUCGUACAUGCCAGAGGAAACUUCAUAGAACAAGGACCUCUCCAUUGAACAUUCUUCCCUUGAGUUUCGGUGCCUGCAUGCAUAUCAUUAAAUAUAUACCUUGUCUAGGAUUAAGCUUCCGCCUCAUUUCUCUCAAUUUGUUAGUCGGAGUAAUGCAAAUGUAAAUUGAUUUCUUAGCAGGCGCGGUAUUUACCGCAACUAUUCCAUAGACUAUUGACCUGUAGCGAGUCCGUAUACCCCAGCUAGCCCCACCAUCCCCCGUACUAGAUUGUAUUUCCAGCCGUAAGUAGAGGUCCCGCGGAGCAGGGAUCGCAUUCCUCAACUGGAAAAGUCCUUGAUCUUUUGCAGAGCCUCUCAGUUCGCCACGGUCAAGUUGCGACACACCAAGACCAACGACCGAUCGGCGCCGAUGAUCUAUCGGAGUGUGAACAAGUAGCAACGACAGCGGAAGGUGGAGUUUUCCCUGUGACCAGUCGGUGACCGGAUGAACCGAAAGCUCCAGCCAGACCACACCAAAUCACCCCCUCUGAUUCACACCAAACACAAAAGAACGCAAUCUAUACAAAUCACACGUUUUAUAUAGCGCAUAUACAGUUAAAGGCAUUAUCAGUUAGAUCCUCCAGUUGCCUGGAUAUUUGGUAGUCAUUAAGUCGUACUGUUUGUUAAACAUUCUGUUUGUAUGUACUUCUAUGUUAAAGUUCGAAAUGUAUAUUCAAAUACCUAAUGAUUAAUAAACCUUAUAAAGUUCACAGUUG